CGGGGGGCUCUGGCGGCCCCAGCAGGCCCAGGCCCAGGCCCAGCCCCGGCGAGCGGAGCCGGGAGGCGCCGCCCUCCCCCUCCUCCUCCUCCUCCCUCUCCUCCUCCUCCUCCUCCUCCUCCUCCUGCCGCCGCUGCUCCCGGCCGGGCCCGUCAACAUGGCGAGCGCCUCGUACCACAUCUCCAACCUGCUGGAGAAGAUGACGUCCAGCGACAAGGACUUCAGGUUUAUGGCUACUAACGACUUGAUGACAGAACUACAGAAAGAUUCUAUUAAGCUGGAUGAUGACAGUGAAAGAAAGGUGGUGAAGAUGAUCUUGAAAUUACUGGAAGAUAAAAACGGUGAGGUGCAGAACUUAGCUGUCAAAUGCCUUGGCCCUUUGGUGAGUAAAGUAAAGGAGUAUCAAGUGGAGACCAUUGUAGAUACACUCUGUACAAACAUGCUUUCAGAUAAAGAACAGUUACGUGACAUUUCAAGCAUUGGCCUUAAAACUGUGAUUGGAGAACUCCCCCCAGCUUCCAGCGGUUCUGCAUUAGCGGCUAAUGUUUGCAAAAAGAUCACAGGGCGUCUCACUAGUGCUAUAGCCAAGCAGGAAGAUGUGUCUGUUCAACUGGAGGCACUGGAUAUCAUGGCUGAUAUGCUGAGCAGGCAAGGAGGACUGCUUGUUAACUUCCAUCCUUCAAUUCUGACCUGUCUGCUCCCCCAGCUGACUAGCCCCAGACUUGCUGUGAGGAAAAGAACCAUCAUUGCUCUUGGUCACCUGGUUAUGAGUUGUGGCAAUAUGGUUUUUGUUGACCUCAUUGAACAUCUGUUGACAGAGCUGUCUAAAAAUGAUUCCAUGUCAACAACUAGGACCUAUAUACAAUGUAUUGCUGCUAUCAGUAGGCAAGCAGGUCAUAGAAUAGGUGAAUAUCUUGAGAAAAUAAUUCCUUUGGUUGUAAAGUUUUGUAAUGUAGAUGACGAUGAACUACGAGAGUAUUGCAUUCAAGCCUUUGAAUCCUUUGUUAGGAGAUGUCCUAAAGAAGUUUAUCCUCAUGUAUCUACUAUUAUAAACAUUUGUCUUAAAUACCUUACCUAUGAUCCAAAUUACAAUUAUGACGAUGAAGACGAAGAUGAAAAUGCUAUGGAUGCUGAUGGUGGUGAUGAUGAUGAUCAAGGGAGCGAUGACGAAUAUAGUGACGAUGAUGACAUGAGCUGGAAAGUGAGGCGUGCAGCUGCUAAAUGUCUGGAUGCUGUUGUUAGCACACGACACGAAAUGCUUCCAGAAUUCUACAAAACUGUAUCUCCUGCUUUAAUAGCCAGAUUCAAAGAGCGUGAAGAGAAUGUUAAAGCAGAUGUCUUUCAUGCAUAUCUUUCUCUUUUAAAACAAACUCGACCUGUGCAAAGUUGGCUUUGUGAUCCUGAUGCAAUGGAGCAGGGAGAGACACCUUUGACAAUGCUUCAGAGUCAGGUUCCCAACAUUGUUAAAGCCUUGCACAAACAAAUGAAGGAGAAAAGUGUGAAGACCCGUCAGUGUUGCUUCAACAUGCUGACUGAGCUAGUAAAUGUAUUACCUGGAGCCCUAACACAACAUGUUCCUGUACUUGUACCAGGAAUAAUUUUUUCACUGAAUGACAAAUCAAGUUCUUCUAAUCUGAAGAUAGAUGCUUUGUCCUGUUUGUAUGUGAUCCUCUGCAAUCAUUCUCCCCAAGUCUUUCAUCCGCACGUUCAAGCACUGGUACCUCCAGUUGUAGCUUGUGUUGGAGACCCAUUUUACAAGAUAACAUCAGAGGCACUUCUGGUUACCCAACAGCUUGUGAAGGUCAUUCGUCCUUUAGACCAGCCUUCUUCCUUUGAUGCUACUCCUUACAUCAAAGAUCUCUUUACUUGUACAAUCAAGAGAUUAAAGGCUGCUGACAUUGAUCAGGAAGUGAAAGAAAGGGCAAUAUCUUGCAUGGGUCAAAUCAUUUGUAGCCUUGGUGACAGCUUGGGUACAGACCUGCCUAGUACACUUCAGAUCUUCCUAGAGAGACUGAAGAAUGAGAUCACUCGGUUAACUACCGUGAAGGCCAUGACACUGAUUGCUGGUUCUCCUUUGAAGAUAGAUUUAAGACCAAUCCUUGGGGAAGGAGUUCCUAUUCUUGCUUCUUUUUUGAGAAAGAACCAACGAGCUUUGAAACUGGGUACUCUUUCUGCUCUAGAUAUCUUAAUUAAGAAUUACAGUGACAGCUUGACAGCUGCCAUGAUUGACGCUGUCCUGGACGAGCUUCCACCUCUUAUUAGUGAAAGUGAUAUGCAUGUGUCGCAGAUGGCCAUCAGUUUUCUGACAACACUGGCUAAAGUAUAUCCUUCCUCCUUGUCAAAGAUUAGUGGGUCCAUUCUCAACGAACUUAUUGGGCUGGUGAGAUCGCCUCUACUCCAGGGUGGAGCACUUAGUGCCAUGCUAGAAUUUUUCCAAGCUUUAGUUGUUACUGGUACAAAUAAUUUAGGCUAUAUGGAUUUACUGCGCAUGUUAACGGGUCCAGUGUACUCUCAGAGCACAGCACUUACUCACAAGCAGUCUUACUAUUCCAUUGCCAAAUGUGUGGCUGCCCUUACUCGAGCCUGCCCUAAGGAAGGACCAGCUGUUGUAGGUCAGUUCAUUCAAGAUGUCAAGAACUCAAGGUCCACGGAUUCCAUUCGGCUUUUGGCUUUGCUUUCUCUUGGGGAAGUUGGGCAUCACAUUGACUUAAGUGGACAAAUUGAGCUGAAGUCUGUAAUAUUAGAAGCAUUCUCUUCUCCUAGCGAAGAAGUCAAAUCAGCAGCAUCUUACGCAUUAGGCAGUAUUAGUGUUGGCAAUCUUCCUGAGUAUCUGCCAUUUGUCUUACAAGAAAUAACCAGCCAACCUAAGAGGCAAUACCUUCUUCUUCAUUCCUUGAAAGAAAUAAUUAGCUCUGCAUCAGUGAUUGGUCUCAAGCCAUAUGUUGAGAACAUCUGGGCCUUACUUCUGAAGCACUGCGAAUGUGCAGAAGAGGGUACAAGGAAUGUUGUUGCUGAAUGCUUGGGCAAGCUUACUUUAAUAGACCCAGAGACUCUGCUUCCACGACUCAAGGGAUACUUGGCAUCAGGAUCUUCAUAUGCUCGAAGUUCAGUGGUUACUGCUGUUAAGUUCACUAUUUCUGAUCAUCCACAACCCAUAGACCCGCUCCUGAAGAACUGCAUAGGUGAUUUUCUGAAAACAUUGGAAGACCCGGAUCUCAAUGUCAGGAGAGUAGCCCUAGUGACAUUUAACUCAGCUGCACACAAUAAACCGUCAUUAAUAAGGGACCUCUUAGAUACUGUGCUUCCUCAUCUUUACAAUGAAACGAAAGUCAGAAAGGAACUAAUCAGAGAGGUGGAAAUGGGACCAUUUAAGCAUACAGUUGAUGAUGGGUUGGACAUAAGGAAAGCUGCUUUUGAGUGCAUGUAUACUCUUUUGGAUAGCUGUUUGGAUAGACUAGAUAUAUUUGAAUUCCUGAACCAUGUUGAAGAUGGCUUGAAGGACCACUAUGAUAUUAAGAUGCUAACCUUCUUAAUGUUGGUGAGACUGUCUACCCUUUGUCCAAGUGCAGUGCUGCAGAGAUUGGAUAGGCUUGUUGAACCUUUGCGUGCUACAUGUACAACUAAGGUCAAGGCAAAUUCAGUGAAACAGGAGUUUGAAAAGCAAGAUGAACUGAAACGAUCAGCUAUGAGGGCAGUAGCAGCGCUUCUAACCAUUCCAGAAGCAGAGAAGAGUCCAUUAAUGAGUGAAUUUCAGUCACAGAUAAGCUCUAACCCUGAGCUGGCAGCCAUCUUUGAAAGUAUCCAAAAAGAUUCAUCAUCCACUAACUUGGAAUCAAUGGACACUAGUUAGAUGUUUGCCCAAAAUGGGGACCAUUAUGUUGAACCAUAAGAUGCACUGAAUUGACAGGUUAUGAGUAAGAAACAAAAAAGUAUCUAAUCUACACAUUGUUCCACUUUAUUUACCUUUAUGGAGACAGUUGGCUUUUCCCAUUGUUGCUUUUCUAGCAUUUAUUCCAGAAAUGUAUUUCCAUAAUCCAGAGUUUAACCACUCUUGUUUUAGUGGAUUUGGCCACAUUUGGGAAUUAAAAGUUGACGCAUGGUGUAUGGAAAUAGGUUCCAACAUCCAUUUGCCCUGUAACAUUUAGGAUUAAAACGUUAAAAUUUUGUGACCA